ACUGUAGCUUGUACACUGUAGUGCCUCCCCCCUCCCCCCCCCCCCCCCCCCCCCCCCCCCCCUUCUCUCUCUUGGAGGCAAAUUCAGUAUUUUGGAGAGUGAGAGAUGCAAACCGUGCCUUUGGGAAUGUCCAUGAACGGUCUCCCUCUCAACUCGAGUUCAACUUCUAUUAGUACUAACAAGCUAAAGUUACCCUUUCCUUCUAGACUCUCUCUCCCCGCGGACGAACCCUUUCUCUUUCAUCCAUCCAAUUCAGGGAUGCGUUGCAGAGCCAGUCAAGUGGUUGAAUUUUUCCCAACUGUGUUGCCCGAAAUAGUUGUCCGAGAGGCCAAGCUAGAGGACAGUUGGGAAGUGGCUGAAACCCAUUGCAGCUCCUUCUUCCCUGAAUAUUCGUUUCCGUUAGAUUUUCUUCUAAGGAUUGAUAGGAUGUUGGCCACGGCUACACUAUCAAGAUUCAGUGUGCCUAAUGGUUGUCGGAGAACUUGUCUGGUUGCUGUUUUGGGCAGCUCAGGUGAUGAUACUUUCCUAUUUGGAAAUGAAGACAUAGAAAACGGAGGAUGUGCUGCUAGAAGUUUGAAUAGAGGGUAUGUAGGUGGGAUAUUAACUCUGGAUACCAUGGCUAAUUUUCUGCCGAGAAAAGGACCACUUCGACAGAGAAGGACUGGAAUUGCGUACAUAUCAAAUGUGGCAGUUCGGGAGAGAUUCCGACAGAAGGGGAUAGCUAAAAGGCUUGUAGCAAAGGCAGAGGCUCAAGCCAGGAGCUGGGGCUGUCGUGCCAUUGCGUUGCACUACGACAUAAACAACCCUGCAGCCACAAAGUUGUAUACAGGCCAGGGGUACAGAUGUAUCAAAGUGCCAGAAGGCGCUAAGUGGCCUCGACCAAAGACUGCUCCAGAUGUCCAGUUCAAGUUCAUGAUGAAGCUUCUACAUACCUCUACCACUCUUUAGAUAAAAAAGAGACAUGUACUUGAAACACAAAAAACCAUUAAAAGAUGAUGGUUAAACUAGGUAUUUGAGAUGGUAUGUUGUGUGUAUAUGUACAGAUUAGCGGCAGAUCUUGAAGCCUUGUAUUUAGUCGGAAAGUACCAAAGAGCAUAUAUGUCAGUUGUGUUUGGGUGCAAA